AUGGCUAAACCAUAUAACCAAGUGGUCCUUUUCGGGGAUUCGCUCUUCCAGGGCGCUAGCGAAGUUCAAGGUGGCUUCUCGUUCCAAGGUGCUCUACAAAGUCAGUGUAUGCGACACCUAGACGUGAUCAACAGAGGAUUCUCUGGUUACAAUACCAAGAAUGCCUUGCAAUUGCUUCCGCAGAUAUUCUUGCCGCCGUCACCCUCAAAUCCGAGGAUGGAGUACCUUCUAGUCUUGCUAGGUGCGAAUGAUGCGUGCAUCGAUAUUCCGACCAAUACUCAGGGUGUUCCAAUGGAUCAAUAUAAGGAGAACUUGACUAAGAUAAUCACUCACGAAUAUAUUCAAGCCCACAACCCUAAGAUCCUGCUUGUUACGCCCCCUCCUAUUGACGAAAUCCGAAUUACCGAGCUUGAUCUGGCCCUCGGACAUCCGCAGGCAACGCGGCAAGCGGCCGUUAGCGCAGCUUACUCUGAGACGGCCAGAAAGGUGGCGGCGGAAAUUCCUGGGGUGGUGCUUAUCGACCUCCAGAAAGCUAUCCUGGAUAAAGCUACCUCCUUAACAGCGGAUUUCGAUGCGGGCGGGUCUCCCUUAGGAUAUCCUGGAGGUAAAAGAGGUGCCUUGGAACAACUUUUGCCAGAUGGAUUACAUAUGAGCGGAGAUGCUUACAGUGUCUUAUUUGAUCUUGUCAAGCCACAUAUCGGACCAUUUCCAGAGAAGCAGGGAGUUUUUCCAGAUUGGCGUGUGCUCAACCCUGGGACGUUGUAA